AGACUUCAACGCCGGGCGCCACGGGAAAUGUCGAAAUUGAUUGGGCCCGCGCCGCCUGAAUUUUCGGUGCAGCGAAAAAAGAACAGUGCCAAUGGGCUUCAAUGAACCCAGGGACAAGGAAUAUCCGCGGAAGCGCUUGAUCUGAGACAAAAAUAUUAGAUAUGACACACCCUAACGGGCAGAUAACGCCGCCUUCCUGUCUAUCGCCCCCCUACCCCCCCCCCCCCCCCCACCGACGCGUCUCAAGUGCCAGCGAUAGUGAUUUUAUAAAGCCGGGGAAGAUGGGGCGCGGCCUCACUCGAACGGGUCAGGUCGCAGAGAAGUCGCCACAGGUGCACAGGAGACUCAAUAGGCCAACAUGUGUGACGACGAGGUUGCCGCUCUGGUUGUGGACAAUGGCUCCGGCAUGUGCAAGGCCGGUUUCGCCGGAGACGACGCUCCGCGUGCCGUCUUCCCGUCGAUCGUCGGCCGGCCCCGCCACCAGGGCGUCAUGGUCGGCAUGGGACAGAAAGACUCCUACGUCGGCGACGAGGCCCAGUCCAAGCGUGGUAUUCUCACCCUGAAGUACCCGAUCGAGCACGGCAUCGUCUCCAACUGGGACGACAUGGAGAAGAUCUGGCACCACACCUUCUACAACGAGCUGCGUGUCGCGCCCGAGGAGCACCCGGUGCUGCUGACCGAGGCGCCGCUCAACCCCAAGGCCAACCGCGAGAAGAUGACCCAGAUCAUGUUCGAGACGUUCAACACGCCCGCCAUGUAUGUGGCCAUCCAGGCGGUGCUGUCGCUGUACGCCUCCGGCCGCACCACCGGAAUCGUCAUGGACUCCGGCGACGGCGUCUCCCACACCGUCCCCAUCUACGAGGGUUAUGCUCUGCCGCACGCCAUCCUGCGUCUGGAUCUGGCCGGCCGUGACCUGACCGACUACCUGAUGAAGAUCCUCACCGAGCGCGGCUACAGCUUCACCACCACCGCCGAGCGCGAAAUCGUGCGCGACAUCAAGGAGAAGAUCUGCUACGUCGCUCUGGACUUCGAGCAGGAGAUGGCCACCGCGGCCAGCUCGAGCAGCCUGGAGAAGAGCUACGAGCUGCCCGACGGCCAGGUCAUCACCAUCGGCAACGAGCGCUUCCGCUGCCCCGAGGCGCUGUUCCAGCCCUCCUUCCUGGGCAUGGAGUCGUGCGGCAUCCACGAGACCACCUACAACAGCAUCAUGAAGUGCGACGUGGACAUCCGUAAGGACCUGUACGCCAACACGGUGCUGUCGGGUGGCAGCACCAUGUUCCCAGGUAUCGCCGACCGCAUGCAGAAGGAGAUCACCGCUCUGGCGCCCAGCACCAUGAAGAUCAAGAUCAUCGCUCCCCCGGAGAGGAAGUACUCUGUCUGGAUCGGCGGCUCGAUCCUGGCCUCGCUGUCCACCUUCCAGCAGAUGUGGAUCUCCAAGCAGGAGUACGACGAGUCUGGCCCCUCCAUCGUCCACCGCAAGUGCUUCUAAGAUGUCCGGCUUCCAAUGGUCCAAAUUAAUGCAAUCAUUUGACACGAAAAAAGGAGCUGUGCUCACAUAACAGCGAUGACUACGUCAUUCUUUCCCUUGGCUCAGAAUAAAUGGUUUACAAUACA